ACGAGAAUGGACUCCAUAGACAGAAUCGAACAAAUUGGAAUUUGCCAACUUGUGCAACAUUCACUCGGAAAGUUGAAGAUCCUCCAUCUAAACUCAGCCAACCAGGACUGUCUGGAUCCAACGGGUGUAUACUCCAUCGGACAGCUCGUCGAUCAGCUAAUUUCGUACUUGGAAGACGAUUUUCAUCGGAUCUUGGAGCAAACGACGCCGGAUGGAAAUGAUUCAGCAAGGACCAAUCUGACCGAUAGCAAUGAAGACGAGUUCAGCUACAGGCAGUUGUUGAAAAAUCGGAUGGAAAUUCAAGCACUGGAGACCGAUUUAUCUGACUUGAAAAGCGCUUUUGAAGAUGUCAAUCAGGAGCUGUAUGAACAAGAACAACUGGAGAUCGCUCGCAACAGAUUCGUCGACAAGUGGGCAUCCGCCCGGCAAGAACAACUGAUCUACUCCAUCACGGUCAGAUCGGAAUCGUUCCGUAAGGACAUAGAUCGCCAACAAUCGGCAGUGGAAUCAGGACUGCGAGCUGCUCGUCAGACAAACGACUUCUACGACUGGCAACUGGCCAAGUUGGAAACCGAUAUCGACGAUUGGAAGGUGCGGUUCGAAUGCGAGAAAGAACAGGUGGAUUCCCGUCUCCAAAAGGCUCGCACCGAGAAACGCCUUUGGGAUGAGCUGAAAGAAGAGAUGGAAGAAAUGAAUAAGGAAAUUGCCCAACUAGAACAAAUGGAAAUCGACUAUAUCAAGGAAGAAGAGCACAAUAGAUUGUGCCAUAAGUAUGCUGUACAGCUGCAGGUUUGUUAA